AUGGAGUUAUUGCCAGUAGAAGAAAAUUUAUUAAUAAAUCAAGAUAGUAUAGGUGAAAAAAAUACAGAUAAUAAUAUGAAGGCAAUUGAUAAUACAAAAAAAGAUGAAAAAUAUAAAGGGAAAGAGAUUAUUACUGAAACAGAGAAAGAAAAUAAUGAAACAAAUGAGCAAAAUAUUACAAACACAAAAACAGAUGAUAAUGAAUCAGUAAACUCAGAAGACAGUUUCUUAAGUGAAGAUAUGGAAAAGGCAUGUAAAAUCAAAAUUGAAAGAACACAAUUAAAUGAUAGGUCAACUCUAACAAGAACAGCAAUAAACCAAAAUAUAAAAACAAAUAAUGAAAAAGGAAUUAAAGUCAAAAUAGUAGAUACAGUUUUGAAAAAGUGUCACAGAUGUCAUGCAGAAGAUCUUGUAAUCAGUUUUCCUGUGGCAAAAAAACAAAGGGAAAUUAGUAAAAGAAAAGCAAGAGAUUUUGAAAAAUAUUGGCAAUUAUAUAAAAGACAAAGGUCACAACUAUAUAAAUCUCUAAUGGGAGGAAUUAACAUGAGAACAAGUUACUCUGAUGCUGUUAAAAAUAAUAUAUAUAGAAAAGCUAAAAAUAAUAUAAUGAAAAAGAAUGAUAUAACAAAUGAAAAUAUUAUGAACAAAUUAUUAGAAAUCCAACAAUAUAUAAAAGAGAUCAAGGAUCAGGUGAAAGAUAUAGAUGAAAACAUGGGAUUAGUAAAAACUUAUUGUGCUUAUGAAAUAUUAAAUGAUGAAGAAGCAGGAGAAAUGGAAAUCUGUGAUGAUGAAAAUGAAGAAAUCAAUGAAAAAGAAAAAUCAAAGACACAAAUAACCAAUAAUAAAAAAGAGGGAAAAGAAAUGGAGAAAACAAUAAAUUAUAUCUAUGAAACAGUUAAAACUCUGUUAGAAGAAAUAAAACAUUGGCACGAUUAA